GUUUCAGAAACGACUUGCUUGACAUAAUUUGUGUCAAGAAGCAAUAAUAGAAAGAACAUACAAUAAGUCAAAAACACGUCGACUAUCCUGUGAAUUUUGAUACAAACUUAGUUUUUUGAUUGAAAAUGUUAAGAUAUAGGGGUAAGAAGAAAGUAAUUGACAGGGUGAAGGAGCUGGAUGCCUUCCCCAAAGUGCCCGAAGAGUACGUGGACAGUACAUCUGUAGGCGGCACUUUUUCAGUUAUCGCAUUUUUUAUAAUUAUGUUGCUGAUAUACAGUGAAGUGACGUAUUAUUUAGACAGUAAUUUAGUUUUCAAAUUCGUGCCGGAUGUCGAUAUGGACGAAAAACUUCGAAUAAACAUUGAUAUGACUGUUGCUAUGCCUUGCUCUAACAUCGGUGCUGAUAUUCUGGAUUCCACAUCACAGAGCGUUUUCGGUUUCGGUGAGCUACAAGAAGAAGAUACGUGGUUCGAGCUAACACAGGAGCAGCAAGACGCAUUUGAUGCAGUAAAAUAUCUCAAUUCCUAUCUCAGAGAAGAGUAUCAUUCCAUUUGGAAGUUACUGUGGAAGAAAGGCCAUGGAUCAGUUCGGGCUACGAUACCACCUAGAAAAACAAAACCGAAUCGUCGACCAGAUGCAUGUAGACUCCAUGGAGUUCUAACUUUGAAUAAAGUAACUGGCAACUUCCAUGUUACUGCAGGAAAAAGUUUGCAUUUACCUAGAGGACACAUUCAUCUGAACAUGCUAUUUGAUGACACUCCACAGAACUUUAGUCAUAGAAUACAUAGACUUAGCUUUGGUAGCCCUGCCAAUGGAAUCAUUUACCCCCUGGAAGGAGACCUUAAAGUGACCCAUGAUGAAAAUAUGCUAUACCAAUACUUCAUAGAAGUUGUACCAACUGAUGUAGACACCACUUUUGAGACUAUAAAAACUUUUCAAUAUUCUGUCAAAGAAUUGGAAAGACCAAUAAGUCAUUCUAAGGGGUCUCACGGAGUGCCCGGUGUCUUCUUCAAGUAUGACAUGGCUGCUUUGAAGGUAAAAGUUUACCAAGAAAGGGAGAAUGUAUUGCAAUUUACUUUAAGACUGUUCUCAAUUAUCGGAGGCAUUUAUAUUGUAGUGGGGUUCUUGAAUACAAUUGUUUUGACUGUAAAAACCGCUCUUUUGCACAAAGCUGCUCCAAUGGCAGUUGCUCAAAAACAAAUGUACAAUACUAAGAUGCAUGGACAGAAAAACCCACUGUUGGUCACACCAGACCUCAGUGUCCCUGUAGAACUGGUGAAACCAUGACAUCAAGCACCCCGUAGAUAUAAGUUUUAUUUUACCUAGUUUUGUAUUGUAUAUAGAGAUUUUUACCUAUAUAAGUACUGAAAUCAAAUCUGAAACAAAAUUGUUAUUUAUUGGCUCUUUCUAUUGUUACUUUUUAAUUGUUUUAUUGCACUCCACUAUUAUACUAAGAUUGGUGAUAAGUUAAGUAGACACAUUUUAUACAAUUUUAUAUCCACUGAGAUUGCUUUUUUAUUAAUAAAAUUUUCAAAAUGUAAAUAGGUAUGUACUGUGUAAUUCCUCAUAUUGUGUAACUUGUCUUUUUAUAGGAACUUAUAAUGUGUAUUAUCUAUUAAAUAUUCUCUUAAAAUAUUAUUUUCAAUUUUGAUUUUUAUAAUAGGAUUCAUGUUAUUAUUCUUCCAUAAUACCUUAUUUUGAAGACUGAAGACUUUCC